GUGACAGCAUACAGCAGCCUCAGCCUUCUCUGCGCCCCUCUGGAGGCCUGUGGUCAAGCUGCUGAGGGGCCUGGGACUAGACUCUAUGGGAGGGGCACUAGGCCCUGUGUACAGCAGCCCCCCUGUGGAUCCAGCUGACUAGAGGCCAACAGGCUGCCAGCCUUCAAGGCUACUGAGGCCACUGCCCCCACAUCGCUGUAAUGGAAACUUCUCAGCUGCUCUGUGUGCACCAGCUCGGGUUCCUGCCCCAUGUGGGGCUCUAAGAGGCAGCAGAUCGCAGGACAAGGCAGGUGGGCAAGCGCUUGCAGGACACAGGAGCCAGGACCAUGUUCCAGUAAAUGAGGUCUGCAGCUCGAGUCUCCCGCCCUAAUUCCCACCCACGGACACGCCAUCCAACCAGAGAAAAUGAGGGGACCACGUGGGGCUCACAGCCUCCCAGGACCGAGAGGGAUGGUGACAGGAAGUGCCCUCCCUCUAUCCUGAGACCCAGACGGCAAGAAUGUGGAUAUCACGGGGGUGAGACACAGAGAACCACCAGGCAUGUGCGGUUCCGAGAGCCCCUGGAGGUGGCUGUCCACUACAUCGCCCGCAAGGACACAACAGCCGCCAUCAAAGUCCCCAGCCGAUCAGCUUCCCAUGGUGGCUCUCUGCUUCAGCCAGCAUCCUGCAGUGGCUCCUUAUUCCUGUGGCUGAUUCUGUGUGUUCUGCUUGGAGUGGUGCUGUGCCUGUACUGUGGCCAGGCCAAACAUGUCACAGUAGCCCUGGAGGACCUCUGGGCUCAACUCCUCGUCCUAAUCUUGCGCCUGUGGCAUGUGGUCCUUGCCUGUUGGCACUGCCUCCUGCAGCUCCUGACGCAUGACUGAAUGGUGAUUUCACCUCUGGAAAGCACUGGAGCAAGUUGAUGCUGUUGGGGACCCGGAGUGGUUUGGGGGAUUGUGCAUGGUGGGGGAGCCCAGGUAUUAAGGCUAACCCAGGACAGAGCUCUGUUACCUGAUUCUUGACAAACCCAGGAACUCCAACAGGCUGCUGGACAGGUUUAGGUGGGAAAAGAGGGAGGCUCUGGUUUGACGAUACAGGCAUCUCCUACUCCAGUCAGCACGGGCUGGGAUCUUGGGAUUUUAAGACUGAAUCAGAGAAAGAACUCAACUAUUAUAGCUGAGGGAUUCCUAUGUUCUUGCCCAGUCCUCCGUCUUGGGAGCCAUAGCCUGGAUGUUACCAUACAUAGCUCUUUGAGUGUGAGCUUCCCCUGCCUCUGAGGGGUGCUUGGGAAGGCAAGCCCCAACCUCCUGCUGCUUUGAGGACUGGGCCCAGUUUUUGCUACACUAUCAGGAGAUAGGGUGCCUCCCCCUGCAGUUCAUGGAGCCCGUGAGAAUCGUGGUUUUUUUCUCUGAGCCCCAGGUCUGAAUUCCUCCACUUAAUACCAAGCUCAGUCAGGGGUCACUGUGGUGUGGGAACAGAGUCCAGCUCUGAACCAGUUGCUCUCAGAACAAGUGUGGCACCAAGGUCCUACUUCUGGGGUCACACACAAGCCCACCAGCUGCAGGACCUGUGAGUCUCCUGAACCCCUGGAAACACAAUUCUAUUACUCAUGUUGAAAGGCAAAGGGAAUCAAGCACAUAGGAACAGCUUCAGGACAUCCUAGAUCUGCCUGGAGGGGGAGCCCUGAGCACAGCAGGGAGGCCCAGUCGGACACCAGGAGGAUCCACCAGGGGGACCCUGCACCACCCUGGAACAAACAAAUAAGCAAGGUUUGGUGGCCAGGGUGAGACCUGGGGUUGUCUUCUUAAGGUGCCCCUCGACUUAAGUGGGCAGAUGGAGAUCCCAUAUUAAAAUACCUGCAGCCUCUUCAACCUCGGGAUUAUUACAAAAUGAGCAGAGUGAGACACUUGUUGAGGAAUCUCCCCCAGGUCCAAACACAUUAGUCUAGGUAACAGAACACACCUCUACCCUUCCACCCACUCUCCCCCACAGCCCAUAGGUCUCUUGCAGCUGACAUUCACAAGAAGCUAGGGGGACCCACCAUGCCUCCAGGACUACAUCCUCCCCAGCAAGACAUGCCAAGACUCCCAGAUCACUGAGGUGCCAUCUGCCCUUCUCUGGCCUUCAGAUGCCCCAUAGAGUGAUUUCCAGCUACAAAAUUUGGGGGCACGGUAGGGGAGAGUCCAGUGGAGAGAAACCCUGCUUCUAGAAGCGGUCUAAUAAGGAAAACCUGCAAAGGCACUCACCAGGAUUGGCCCUCAGCAUGGUUACUGUUGCCUGCACCAGUCCAUCUACCCCAGGACCUGUUCCCUCCCAUCCUACCCUGGCCAAAGACAGGCUUGCUAUUGGCUUGUAUUCCAGAGAUGGAAACAGACACUUAGAGGUAAGAUAACAGAGCCCCAGACCACCCUUCCAUCCCCAAUUCUGAGAGCGGAUGCCCUUCAGGAGGGGGAUUGGUCACCCCAUGUUUGACAAUGGAGAGCCAGGGCUUCCCACCUCAGAGCCAGCAUUUGCUGCAAAGGCCACAGAAGAAGUAUGCUCCACUCGCUCUCUAAGGGCCACAAAACUGCCCCAGCUAGUCCUGGGUUUUGCUUUGCUUUGUUUCAUUUUUACAGUGCAAACCCAGCACAGCUAGGCAGAGUCAGCCACUGUUAUAUCCCCAGCUUUAUUCUGACUUAGAAUAAAUGUUCAAAGACAUACGCA